UGUCAUUUGUGGUACUCGUAUUGAGAGGCAUGGAGAGCAAUGUUUGUAGUCUACAGCACGUCAUCCAGCAGCAGAUUUUUUCUCAAGAAUAGUAGUCGGUUUUACGAGAGUAAUAAUCAGUGAUAUUGCGUAUGUUUCUGUAGAAAACGCCCACAUGCGCCCGUGUCUGGUGUGUUGUCGUGAGCAUCGAACGCGGUGCCUAGCGGUUUGAUGUUCGUGUUUUUUGUCCGCACAUCAAUGGAACUGCCGCACUACAUUUAAUUUCGAAAUGUCACGUGCCCCGAUCACCAUACAUGUACUAUGCGGACAACAGCAGUGUUGAACAAGUGCUCAAUCGCGUUAAGUGCUGCCCUUGGCGGCAACUCGCUGGCGUUUCCCCCCUCCCCCUUCAAAAAAGCAACAUAACACCACGGGUGGGAACAGCUUUAGAGAUAGGUGGCCCCAGGGCGUCCAACAUGUUGCGA